AUGAAGCGCAUAAGAACAGCAAUGAACAUGAUAGAGAGGGUUUCUUGCGUGGUUUUUAAGCCCAUGGCAGUAAAGGCUCCAGAAUUUAGUAGUUACAUGUGGCUAAGUAUUGAGAAUCCUACAAGAAUUAGGCGAUGCAUACAUAGAGUAUUGCACGACAAGAGCGGGAAAGCGACUAUGAUCAUCGGUUACGAGUGUAUGCAACAACGUGACAUUCUGCAUUCGUUAAUGCAUGUGCUUGGGUUCCACGACGAGGUCACCCAUCCACACCGAGAUAACUACGUCAGAAUCGUCUGGCCCAACAUACAACCACAAUACCGGUCUCUGUUCUCGAAGGGGUUUCACUCCAGAUCGAACGAUUUGGUAGAAUACGAUACCACGAGCAUCAUGCAUUUCCAUGAUCGUGCCUACACCAACAAUGGGGCACCUACCAUAGUACCUUUGGUAUCUGGCUUGAAAAUCCGGGAAUUGGAAUCGUCUUUGCUUUCUCAGUUAGACGUCAUGAAGCUUAAACUAGCUUUCGGUAACGAUUGCAAUAAGCGUAACGUGAGGAAACUGUAUGAAACCUGUCACGCUGCUAUAGGAGAAGAUAAGGAAGAUAACAAUAAUGCAAAUUAUCAAGACUCUAAGGACUUUGAAGAUAACCAAUACACUACCGAUCAUAGAGCUAUUCCAGAGGUUUCAGAUGGUCAAGGCGUUGAAGAGCUUUCAGAUGGUAAAGAAAGCUUUGAAGACCUCGAGUUUCGAGACAAUAUCCGUUCUCAGAACAGGCAAAAUGGUACAGUUGGUCAAGGUGGCCACGACAGGGCAGAAAAAGCAGUGAAUCCAUCUCCCAGUCCGGGAGUUAAGCAGCAUUUCGAAACAUUAAAAAACACAACUUCGAAAAAUGUUCCAUUGAAAUCGUAA